AUGCUUGAUACCAGCAGCGCCAUGUGGAAACCAAGCGUCAAUCAUAUUUCGAUUGCCGUGGCAGUGUUCAUAGGAUACCUGAUCCUCGUCAGAAGAUUGCGCUACAAGCGCAUGGUCGAGAUCCAAGCCCCGUUUGCGCACGGAAGGGAACUGUCGACCAUGACGACUGAGGAUGCGUAUGGGAUUAUUUCUCGGUUGCAGGAACUUGAAUUUCCGUAUGCGUUUGGGAAAGCUAGGAAGAUUGCUUUGUUGAAGGCUGGGGCAAUCCCUACCAUGUCCAAACUCUUUGCAGUCACGGGACAGAACAAUAAGCGGAAUUCUGGGAAGCGUGCAGUGGAUACGGAGAUUCUUCUCAGAGAGGCACAAUCCAAGCCCCGAGAUUCUGAUCGGUACAUGCGUGCCGUGGCGAGGAUGAAUUACCUCCAUGCUCGAUAUCGCAAAGCGAAUAAAAUAACCGACGACGAUCUUCUUCACACCCUCGGCGAUGGGCUUUUCGAAAUCGUCAACGUUAUCAGCAGAGAAGAAUGGCGGGAGCUGACUGAUGUCGAGACCUGUGCUUUGGGAGUCUUCCACAAGAACCUAGGUGAAGACAUGGGUAUUCCUUUUGACAAUCUUCCCUCCUGCAAGGAAGGGUGGACAAAUGGGUCGCAUUUCGCAGCCGAGCUGCAAGACUGGACUUUGCGAUAUGAGAAGGAAGUGGCUAAACCUACCGCGACAAAUGAUCAAUAUGUCCGAGUCUAUGUUGACUCUGCCCUGUCAUCAUUCCCUGGAUUUGCACUAGCCGCCGUGCGCCAAAUGCUGGGAGCCUCCCUGGACGAUGUCAUGAGAUUAAGUCUCCAACUUGAAUCUCCCGGUCCGAUCUUCUCAGCUUUGCUCGUUUCACUCCAGGAACUGCGGAAACUGUUCCUGCGACAUCUGGCACUUCCCCGAGUCGGCGCAGUCAAGCCCGUGAAUGAGACGCCCAAUUCAACCGGCCUUUACAGCUUCGGAAGAAAGACUCUCCAACCGUGGUAUAUGGAGCCCACCUUCCUAUCCAGCUGGGGACCCGGGGCGAUGCUCGUUCGAGCUUUGGGCGGUAAGGUGCCUGGUUCACGGGGAGAUCGCUAUCAUCCACAGGGGUAUGACCUGAUGACCAUUGGACCAGAACCGCAGAAAGAGAAGGGAGCCGACGAGAUGGUGUCUGAUAUGGAGAUCAUCCGGGCCCGGACGAUGACGUCAUGUCCCUUCUCGCAGGCCAAAAAUGGCUUCAUGCAGCAGUCCGUGCUUUCAGACCAGGAAUAG